AGGACAACAUAUCAGUGUCCUAACAGCUCCGGGAGCUAGUUGUCUCCGCUGUCCACGCUGGACAGCUCCGGUUUCCCGGAGAAAAGGGCGCUGGAUGUGCGCAGCAGCUCUCCUCCUCCCCACCAGCUUCCACCGGAGGAAAUUACUUGGCCACGGCUGAUCUGAAGGAGGUGCGACCUGAAAUGUACUGUGCGCCUCCAGCGCGCAGAUCCCGGGGAGAUUUUCAGAGCAGGAGCGGGUGAAACAACAGUUCAGAGGCUCGCCGCAUAAACCAGCUGGAAUUGUUCGGUGAAGUAAACUCGUCCAGGGUAGCACAGCCUGGCUGGUUCAUCAGCAGAUUGCGACUGCCUUACGUAACUGAGCUUUGUGCAGAGGGGGGACCGGCAGAGAAACUGCUGGUGCCGAGCUGUUUAAUCACAGCGAGGAAACGCGGGUGAAGAGACCGGAGUACAGUCAAAAGUUUUUCUAUCUAUUCAGCAUGAUCGGUUAAGGUGCCGUGUCCCGUCACCAGUGAGCACAUCAACAUGAAUGAGGGUUGCAGGCCGGGCAGAGGGGCCAUCACUGUGGAGGCUGAUGUCAUCCUCCAUGCUGUGAACCCCGACCUCAUCCCACCUGCCGAUAAAGAUGGGAAUUUAUGUCCAGGCUAUGUCCAGGGAUUCCUGCGGGACGACAAGGAUUUCAGCCCCCCUCCAGUGUUUGAGAAGGAAUACCUGUUGGAUGGAAGACUGAUGGAAAAUAAUCAUAUUGAUCAUCAGAAAGGUAACGGCUCGUACAUCUCCAGAGCCAAUCAGUCUCUCCUUUCUAAUGAUAAGGGAGCUCUGGAUCUCCCUCCUCAUACUGACUCCACUGUGUCCAAUCACCUUGCUGGUAUGCAACAAAAUUGUGCAAGCAGUGAAAUCCACAAUGGCGCCAGAGCUAAAGUGUCUUACAGUUCAGAUUCCUCUGUAAGCUCGUCUAGCCAAGUCAAACAGGAAACUGAUCGGCCAGUCCUAAAAUCGAACCUCAGCCAGGAGGCUGAAAAGACAGAGGCUAAAAAAGAGCCUGAUUUAGUCAUCGAAGUUGGCGGGCAGACGAUCAGCGCUCACAAAUCUGUCCUGGCAGAGAAGAGUGACUACUUCAAAGCACGGCUGUCACGAGACAUCCUGAAAGUGAAGGGAGUGAGCUACAAGACUCUGUCCACCUUGAUAGACUAUGUUUACACUUCUCAGAUGAAUGUGAGCAAAGACAAUGUUGUGGACGUCAUCACGGGGGCCAAAGUCCUUCAAAUCCCCUGUGCCGUCCAGGCGGCCAUGGACACCAUGUCCGAACAAAUCUCUGCUGAGAACUGCUAUGAGAUUCUGACCAUUGCCAAAAAGCAGCGACUGAGCGAACUGAAAGAGACCGCCUACGGUUUCAUGAGUGACAACUUUCUCCAGAUCCUCAAAGAUCCCGCCGUCUACGGGCGUCUGACUGGAUCUGAGCGGGAUCUGAUCUUGAGGAAGAGAAUGGAGGGUAAGAAAACGCUGAUGGUUGCAGAGAUAAAUGAUGUGUUUGAUAGAGUUGGGAGCCGGCCGCCAAGUCGCUGUGGCAGCCGACCGCAGAGCCCCUUGUCAGUAGGGUCUUUAGAGGAGAACCAUAUGAUUUACUACUUUAACGAAACAGCAAAUGACUGGAGACCUUUGACUGUGAUGCCUGAGGACAUAAACACUAAAGGGUGCGGGAUCUGCACCAUGUAUAACUACCUGUUUGUGGCAGGGGGAAUAAAGGGCUACGGGGACAAGGGCAAGGUUUCAGACAAAGUCUUCUGCUACAAUCCCAUAACCAACCGCUGGGCUGAGGUCAGACCUCUGAACCAGGCUCGUGCCCAGCUAAAGCUCGUGUCUAUGGAUGGCUGCUUGUACGCCAUUGGAGGGGAGUGUUUGUUUACAGUGGAAAAAUACGACCCUCGCAUGGACCGCUGGACCACAGUGGCACCCUUGCCAAAGGGAGCCUUUGCAGUGGCCCAUGAAGCGACCACUUGCAGCGGGGAACUUUAUGUCUCAGGGGGCUCUCUCUUCUACCGCCUUCUCAAGUACGACCCCAAGAGGGACGAGUGGCAGGAGUGCCCCUACAACAACAGCAGGAAGAAGUCCACCGACAUGGUGGCUUUCAAAAGCUUCAUCUACCGCUUUGACGUCAACCGUGAGCAGGGCAUUAACGUGUUCAAGUAUAACACCAUAGUGAAAAUGUGGCACGAUUGUGCAUCUCAGAGGCUUGGAAGUCAUUUACCCUUCAGGUGUGCUGUUAUCGAGAACUGCAUCUACUGUGUGAACAAAACCCAGACUCUCCAGUUUGUAGUGGAGGAGGAGAACGCCUACUUUGUCGAAGAGACACUGAGGGCACCUCUGGAGGCGAAAGGCAUUCUCUUUCCUUUUGUUCUCACUUUGCCUGAAAAGCCUGAAAAAGUUACAUAGUCUGAUUGUGUGUGCUUGUGUGUGAGUGAGUGUGAUCACACAAUAUAUGUGUCACAGCAAAACUGGAAAAAGCAGAAGACCUUAUAUACACGCUCCAGUGUCAGCUCUCUAUCUCAGUGUGUCAUUAACUGCUUGCAGUGGAAUGUGUGUAUUUGCAUGGCAAUUUUACAGGGUUAAGCCUUAAAAGGAAAACUUUUUUUUUUAGUGCUGAAUGAAUGCAACCAUAUUUGUAUCUAACUGUAGAUAAAGACAUGAUGAAAGUGACUGUAGAUUAUUUUGUGUUCAGUUUCGUUUGGUGCAAUUUUGUAGUUAGAAUAGAUAUUCUUUAGAACGUAUUAACUAGCUUCCUGGUGACUUCGGUAAUAAACAAAGUGUUUUGUUGAAAAUUGUAUCUGGGAAACAAAACUAUGGUGUGUUUUAUGAAUGAUGCAACACAGGUUCUAUGCAAAUGAAUAUAUACAGGUGGCUCUGCUGUAAGGCUGUGCUGUUUAAUAGUUACUGUGAGUGGACUUUGGCUGGAAGGAGUACAAUAUUUCUCAAUCCCUGAUCUGCCUUUGAUUAAUCUUGUGAAAUAUUCUCACAUUAUGACCAGUCAUCACAAAAAAUACUGUAUCUGUCUUCUAAACCACAGAAAUAUUCCUCUUGGCGAAACAUCAGUAGAGCACACUGUACCUGUACCAAUAUCGCUAACAAAUUAAAUUAGAAAAUCAGAAACUGAACUUAUGAUUACAUUAACUACAUUUAGUUUUAGAUUAAAAAUAUGCUAUUUUGCUUAUAGUGCCUACUUACGGGUGUAACAGUUCCUACAUUUAGCACAUUUGCCAAAGAUAAAUAAUAGUAAUAAUCAAGCCAGGCUAUAUUUAACCUAUAUUUUCACCUCUGUUGUGGAUUCUGUUGUGGAAGUUCUUAAUAAAAAGAAUUCUUUAGAAGUCAGUAGAAAAAAAGCCAUAACAGUAGUACGGGCAUCAGGUUUGCUGCUAACAGGCACUUUCUGGAAGGUUUAGGAAACUCAGUCGCUCAUAUUACACGAAGAAGCUUCCUGUGGGAAGAUGCACCUUCCCUGUAUGUGUUUCAGAGAAACAGCCACAGAACCCUGAUCACCUGUUACCAGGUUACGUCCCUGGAGAGGGCCCAUCCUUUUAGGUCAAAGAUCAAAUCAAAUCAGUAUACCAACAGUCGUGCUCCAUUUUUUAGCAUGGCCGGGUCUUAGUCCUCGCUGCUUCCACAGAGAAGGUUCCCUGCUCUUAUGACACUAAUUAACCUUGUUCUUCUUGCAUCAGUGCACAUUAAUACCAAUUUAGCUCUGCACUUCCUUCUUUUAGACAUUUCACAGUACUUGUUUGCAGCUGGAAUUACAUAUAAAUGGGAGUUUUGUAUGGAAGCUAAUGCUGAUAUAUUCUUGGAAUAAAAUGCUUUUGAUAAUAUUUGUAGAAGCAUCUCCAUGCAGUCAAUGUGACUCAGACAAACUGGAUGUGGUUUUGAUAUUUUUUGGCUGGCUGGCUGGCAUCUGUAUUUUUGUGAAUUGUUUUGUAAGGGUUUGGUAGUUUUGGAUCUGCUGCUGUGAUGGACGGUAAAGUAAUGCAACACUAAGGCUUCCUGUUCAUGGCAUAUGGAGCGGGCUAACAAAUAAGCUGUUGGAUAAUGUAUAUCAGUCAGAAUUAAGUGCUUCAAAUAAAAUAUUUUGUG